AUCAACUUGGACACCUUCUUUUCUAGGCGAUAUACGGCUCGGAGUUUGUCCAUCGGUUUGGACCACGAGGUGCGGUCAAGAUGCCUAACCGCUCCUUCGCCAAGUUUGUAAUGAUCCUCAAGACUGCAUAGGUUCCGCCAGAGAUGAGUUACUUCAUACUUUCACAUUGACCAUUUGAGAACCAAAAGUCACCUAUAGUAUAUAUCCUGGAAUGAAGCAAGCACCGCCUCGUUCAAGUCGGGGUUCUUUUCAUCCAAUGUGACGAGAUUGGGGGUAACCAACGGAAAUAGGUCAAGCCACAGACGGUCCAAGGCGCGACGAGUCUCUUUCAAGCAGGAGUGUCGUUUCUUCCAUCGCAUAUUGAUACCGAUGAUAAUCCAAAAGAGACAAUGAUAAAGGAACUGAGCAAAAACACCAAAAUAUAUGAUCUGUGUCCACAAGUCCAACUUGAGUACGGUGGUUUCUGUGAUGCAAGACAUUAUGGAAGAGAAUAGGUCUGCUGCGGUGUGCUGGUAGGAAAGUAAGACUGUGGGCGUAUUUGUUUCCGCGUAUGGGUCUAUUUAAGUAUAUUCCAGCGGUCAGCCUCAGGGAGUGGUUUCACGACUGAGUCAGCUUCAACUGACAUGUACUUGACUAACAUACACAGACGAGCGGAAUACGCCUAGGAUCUGGUCUCGCGCUACCCGCCACUCCUCUCGCACGCCGGAAGACCCCAAGCUCGGUACGAGACCACAAGCAUCUGACCUGCGGGACAGGUACCUGCGACAGAAUGACGAGUCGUCAUACAGCGGAUGCCUCAAUUGCGUUCCGGGUCUGCCGCCGCCGUUCGGACUAUAGUAUAUAUAAGACCGCACUUGCAGUCUCCUGUGCACGUACCUCCUACCCAUCUCAAUUCGCCGGAAAAUGUCUAUCUCCUAUAACGCUGCCAAUCGUGGAUCCGAAGACCUCUAUCAUCUCCUCGCCGCCGAGAUUCCUUGGCGGAAUCGACAGAAGUUCCUUGCGUCCAAAGGCUACAUGCUUCGGCCAAGAUACCAUCCAGGUCGAAUUCCUUCGUGGAUGAGACCAUUUCGCCGACCCGCCGAUCUUCUUGACGACCUUUUCUGCGAAGACAGAAGAUGCUCUAUGAUGGUUGGAUACCAUUCAAUGGAUGCGACGCGAAUGUCGGAUGGUACAUUGGUUUGCCUGAAGACAGUUAAAACUGAUAGCGAGCGGCUUCGCAUCCCUAUCUUCUUUUCAUCCAAGGAGCUGCGUGACGAUCCUCGUAAUCAUUGUGUACCGAUUCUGGACGUACUACCAGAUAGCGAGAAUGAAGACCAGUCGAUCCUGGUUAUGCCUUUCCUUCGGAAAUAUAACUGUCCUGAGUUCGAGACCGUAUAUAAUGUCACUGACUACGUGGACCAAAUGCUGGAGGGUCUAGCUUUCUUUCACGAACAUGGGGUUGUAUUAGGGAGCUUCUUAUCAAUGGAUGACAAUGUUCUCGAUGCUAGCGAGCUUUAUCCGAGUGGAUUCCAUCCCGAGUUUCAAGACUCUCCACGAGAUGGACCAUGUUACAAGACGUGCCCACGCAAGUCUCGCAUCACCACGCCAGUGAAGUAUUAUUGGUCUGAUUUUAUGUCCGCCGCACGGAUUGUCCCCAAGGACAACACGGAAUAUGGACGUGGCGAGAAGGAUGAUGUCAUCAGGGCCCCCCGAAAGAUGGUCAAGAAUUGGAAUCUAUGUGGGAUUACAGAUCCAUUCAAGCAUGACGUAUUUGUAUUCGGAAUCACUCUGAAAUAUGGUUUAUCCCAGCAAUACUUGAACCUCGGCUUUUUACGCUCACUUGUCAAAAUCAUGACCAACAAUCAUCGCCGUUCUCGAGGGACCAAGGUCAACGAACGUAUGUUGCCGGACAACGCAACAGUAGCUUUGCAGCGAUGGCGCAGAAGCCGUGCCUGGAUAUUUCCACUCCAUGCCAUCUGGAGGCCAUGGCCUUGGCACUCCGAAAAUCCUUUUGAGACCUUGCUCAAGGAACCGAUAUAUCUCGUUAGGAAUACGUGUCUGCAUAUGAAUCUCAUUUGUCAGACAGGAGCCAAUGUCACAUCGCGUCUAGCAAGGACCGUUCGUCAAAGAACGAAAAGAUAAUGGAACAAAGGAAGAAGAUUCAAUCUCACAAGAAGGUACUGCCGUGUAAUACUCAGGAGGGGGAGGGGGGUCACGGGAGAAAAUAGAUACGUAUCUAAUACUUAUUUACUCGGAGCUCCUCAAUACUGUAUGUAACGUCAACGCAGACACAUUCUUUUAGUACCAGUGGAGAUGGAUCAAUAUUUACAGCAACAUAGUUAAAUUGCCAGCUAAUUUAUGAUGGUG